AUGAUUGUCUCCGAGAUACCAUAUACCGAGGAGUACAUCGAGGCCACUUGCAGCCAGCCCAAAACUUCCGAGUCCACCCUUCAGCUCGGCUCCGUCAAAUGUUACAACAUCAACAUCCAAGUCGAGGUGGAGAAGAGCGAGCAACAGGCCAAGGGCAUCACCACGCUCACCCUGCGCGAAGUGCCCAAAUUUCUCGUCGACGCCUUCAACAUCAUUCGCUCGAACAUUGAGAAGGAGGGGCUGUUCCGGAAAGGGGGCAACAAUGCCCGCAUCAACUCGUACAGCAAAAAGAUUCUGGCAAUCUACCAGGGGCGUGAGCGGAUCCCGCUCGAUUUGAACUAUUUGGAUGUGUGCUCGUUGAUAAAGACCUUUUUCAAGACUCUAAAGCACCCUCUACUCCAUUCUCGCGACAUCGCCAACGCCCUGCUGACGCUGGCCGAUCGAAAAGGGGCUGGUGAGAGCGUCUCCCAGCACAACGACCGAAACGGGAUGACGAUCCAGAAUCUGGCGACCUGCUUCGGGCCGACCCUGUUCGACUUGACGGCGUUCGACAAGCCGAAGGGGGUGCCGAAGCGCAGCAUGCCCGGCCGUGUCCAAACCAACCCGCCCACCCUCAGUCAGCUCAACGAGGCGAAGGCCGACUCGCAAAGAGCCGCCACCGCCGUCACCAUUCUCAUCGAGUGGGCCACCUGGAUUGGUCUCACCCGCGAAUGCUACGUCUCGAGCCAGGCGCGCAGCUCCUCGGCCGCGCCCAUCAACCGCACGCCUCUCUCGCAGCUGCAGGCGGCCUCGAUUCCGCUCGACAAACGCACGUCGCUGCCGAGCCCCAAUGACCCGGCCAUCGUUCGCCUGCAUGAGGAACAGGCCGAGCAGCGGCGCAAGCUCGUCGCCCGUCAGCCAACACCAGGCCCGUCCGGCUCGAAUUCCCACAAGCAGCCGAGCUUCACCAUCUCCAGCGGCAGCACCACCCCGGUCAAGUCGCAGCGGCCGCCCGCCUUGCCCCGCGAGGUCACCAGCCCGUCCUAUGAUUUCAGGGACAUUCCUAAUAUGGAACGCGUGAUCCGUCGGCUCGACUUCUCGCCACUCGCCGAAUCCCCUGCCCAAGCUACGCCGGCCGCCAAAAAGCCUGCCUCCCCGAUGCGACAGAAGAAUGCGAGGACCAAGUCGAACGCUUCCGACUACAAGAACGUGGCGGCCAACAACGUCUGGGCCCAGUCGAUGAUCCCGAGCACCACGCAGACGAAAAAGGAGCGUCGCCGUCGACACACCACACCCGUCAAGUCGAAUGUGCUGAGACGCCAUCACCCGAACACCGUGGCCAACGGUUUGCCGCGUCGCCGUGUCACUCAGGCGAUCACCGCCGAGGAGAAGGAAAACGUGAUGCGGCGCCGCACGCAUUCCGUCGAAGAUCUCGAAGAGACCACCGGCGACAGCUCGGACGACAUCUUGGAGAAUCGGGCGAAACAUUUGAAGACUUUGUGGAUGGACCUGGACGCUCGCCCGCGUCGCACCAAGCGCCUGAAACGCCGUGACGCAAACACCGAAACGUCGACGGCCAACGCCGCCACUUCGCCGAUGCUCCCUGCCGAACCGUCUCACAAGCUUGGCCCAACAGUCGUCCCGUCGCGCAACAAGUAUGACGUCACCCCGCUGUCGAUCACCACCGAGCAGGGCCCUGGCGGUAUCGGCAUUUCCGAAAUGCCGAGCCCGCAGCGCAUACUUCAAGUGACGCCCGUGCAGAGCCCGGUGGCCACCCGUUCGCCCCACCACAACUAUCCCAACCAGCCGGCCGUGCAGCUCAUCUCGGCGGUCGCCCGCCAUACAGCGGUUCCUGCCGUCGUGCAUGAACGUGCUGGCGGUCUCAUGGACGUGCGCGUGGAGCCGGUGACCAAGUCGAUGUCAGCCAUGCCCGGCCCAUCCGUCUCGCGCUCGAGCCUGUACUCGCGACACGCCGACGUCUACGACCGGAAGCCACCCGCUCCCCCAAGUCCGGAUGCCGUGGCCAAAGAUCGGGCCCGUCAAACCAUCAUCCAGCAGCUCAGCCUCGAUUCGCAGAUGGUUGCCGAGCCGGUUUUCAAAGUGCCGGCCCCGCCUGGGAACCUCUCGCGCACAAGUGCGGCCCGUCAACCGCUCUCGCCAGGCUAUGCUCGUUCCCCCACCGACGGCCACCGCCAGUUCCAACUGCAGUUCGAAGAUGACUCCCCGAUUGCCAACAACGUCGUCCGUUCGCCCAUCCAGCAGUCGUCGUCGCACGCGAUGCAAUCACCGUUGUCGCGCCGCGGCAUGUCGGCCAGUCUGCUCGGGCAGCGUCAUGCCGUCUAUUCACCGUCCAAGAGCCUGCAACGUCAGCUGAGCGUGGAAGAGUUCCGGGACAGUGACCGCUAUCGAGACUCGAUCGUCGCCGCUUCGUCAAGCUCGGAAUUGGACAUGGGCCAGAACUUUGAGCCGCAACGCCCCUCGGUGGCGUUCAUCUCGACGAACCGCCGCGGGCUCGUCCGCGAUCGGGUCAACAUGUUUGGAGGCGGAAGCACGCAUAAUACGCCGCAGUCACACAACGGAAGUGGACGCCUCUCGGAGCCGACGGGUCGACGCAGCGACGUGCAGCCGCUUCGAAGCCGUCAGCUG